GACAACCAACAAGAAGAUCGAGGCUACCGGUAUCAUCGGAGCUCGGCAACGACCUUCUCGAUGAUAUUCCAUUCUUUUAGACUCAUCCCACGCAACUGCUGUCUUAUCUAUCUAGCUUUCCUAUCCAUCUAGCUAGCACAAACUCAAUCUAGCUAGCUACAUAGAUUAGCUAGUAUGGGCAAGAACAAGAAGAAAGACCCGGGCAAAAAGGCGGCUCUGCAAGCCAAGAAGGAUGCCAAAGCGGACAAAGCUGCGAGAAAACGUGCCAAAAAGGAUUCCAACAAGGCAUCGGAUGAGGCUCAAGACAAUGAUGAUAACCAGCAACAAUCCUUGGAUGAUUUAUUGCAAGUUUAUCGGAAACGAGAUAUCGAAGGCAGCAAACCCAUCGUGGAAACUUUGGAGGGCUUUCCUCCUCCCCGUGGCAAUUUUUCCAUGACGGUGGUAGAAGACCAAAAGGGCAAGCAGCAAGUGUACGUUUUCGGUGGCGAGUAUUUUGACGGCGUCGAAAACAUCGUGGUGGAUCAUUUGCUUCGAUGGACGUACACUUCCAAAAACAACAAGGAAGAUCACGAGUGGAAGCAAAUCGUCAUGCCAUCGGCCGCCCCGUCGCCUCCUGCUCGCUGUGCCCAUUCCACAGUCUAUUACAACGGAGGUCUGUACGUGUUCGGAGGAGAACUGGCAUCGCCGGAUCAUUAUCAUCACUACAAGGAUCUGUGGCGUUAUGAUGUCAAACAACAAUCGUGGACCGAAUUGAAUUGCAAGACAGGCAGUGUUCCGUCCGCCCGCAGUGGACAUGCAGCGAUUGUGUGGAAACAUUACAUGGUCGUAUUUGGUGGAUUCUAUGAAGCCAUGAAAGAUACACCCAGAUGGUUCAAUGAUGUGUAUGUAUUCGACCUCAAAACACAACAAUGGAUGGAUGUUCCAUACUCAAAACUAGGAAAUAGACCGGAACCUCGCAGUGCUUGCAACAUUGCCGUUGUCAGUGACAAUGACGUCGUGGUACAAGGAGGAUUUUCAAAGCUGACGGCAGCAUCUGCAGGAAAGGAAACCAAGGUUCAUACCGAUGCUUGGUUGUUGCAUCUCAAGCCCAUUCUACAAGGGAAACCACCUACGUGGGAGAAACUACUCAGCAGUAGCACUGUAUCAUCUGCUGCUGAAACGCUCCUGAUUGCGAACAACAAUACACCACAAAAGAAUCCCAAUGGACGAUGCGCAGCGGCAUCAGCCUCCUACAAGAACAAAAUGCUCGUAUUUGGAGGAGUCAUUGAUGCCGAACUCAUGCAUCACAAAGUCGACUCGGUAUUUUUCAAUGAUCUCUUUUGUCUGGAUGUCGAUCCCAAGCCAAGAUGGUUCCCACUCAAAGUGAGAAAGCAACAAAAGGCUGCCGAUGCCCAACAGCAACAGCAACAACAAGAGAUUCCCGCUGCAAUCAUCCAAGAGGAAAAGGAUGAUGAAGAAGACGAUGAUGAUGACAACAUGGAUCUGGACAUGGACGAGGAUGAUGGCAAUGAUGACAAUCCUCAACCAACUGGUUGGAACAUUGAUCAACUUCGUGAGAACAUGUUUGCCUUUGUCGAUGGAUCGGGGAAUAUCGUCUACGAACGUUUCGACAAGGAUAACAACAACAAAAAGGUUGUCAGUGACGACGAAGAAAAAGAGGAGGAAGAAGAGGAGGAAACCAAAGAAGAAGAAAAAGAGGAAGAUAGCGACGAAGAGGAAAAGCCUGCUGCCAAAAGACCAUCCAAAAAGAAUGCAGGUGGGCCUGCUGUGGGCAGAGCAACAACCAUCACGUCAUCUUCCGUGAUGCGGCUGGAUCCAGAGACCAAGACUCCAGAAGCAAUGCCGCGUGACGAACCAUUGCCAAGAAUCAAGUGCGGCGCAAUUAUCAACCGAAACACCCUCUUUAUCUAUGGAGGUUUGGUGGAGAUUGGGGAUCGGGAAGUUACGCUCGAUGACAUGUGGAGUCUCGAUUUGCGAAAACGAAACCAGUGGAACUGUCUUUGGCCUGGGACAAUGCACAAGCAAGUAUGGCGGGGUGCUGUCCAUGAUGACGAUGAUAGCUACAUCAGCACCGGGGGAGAUGGUGACGACGAUGACGAAGAUGAUUCCGAGGACGAAGAAGAAGAGAAAUCAGGCAGCGUUGCGGGACAGAGUGAAGAACUCGCCAAUCUCACCGCUGAGCACGAUCUCGGCAAUCCUCUUCGGACCCCACAAGACGGAGAAGCCUUGGCUGAUUUCUACGCUCGAACCAAGAGCAAUUGGAACGAUGAAGCCUUGGAGGCUUUGAAACAAGCAGGCGAAACUGAAGAACCAUCCAAAAAGCAACUGAAGCGAGAGGGUUUCCAGUUGGCACAGAAGCGGUACACAGAUCUGGAACCAGUAUUGGCCAGGUUGAAAGAGUUGGGGCUCGAGCCUGGAAAGCAGAAGAAGUCUAAAAAGAAAAAGUAAUGAAAGCAGUUUUCUCUGAAAAGAUCUACUGGUACCGGUACAUGUGCUAGUUAGGUCCUCACCGAUUUGCCCUCUCCGCAAUCCUCGGGCUCUACCGUACGGUACCGGUACUGCAACAGACUCGACUAAUUGGUUUCCACGAUGGGCAACCGUCGAGCAAGCUUGAGUAGUAGAAAACAGCAGUCAGAUAGCUAGUACGAUUAUCAGGGCUACGAGGGUCGACGUGCACCCAACGACUCGGAAGUUGCCAUCAAAUCAACUUAAAACCCUGAAACACACGACGUUGUCGUUUCUACCAAGCAGUGAAGCUUUUCCGAUCUCUGGUCUCAAUGGCGUUAACGAGCCGCCAUCAAUUUUGUCAAUCCUCGUCAGUAUCAUACCGUACCGUAGUUGUAAGGGGCCGCUGCGAAGGCUGCGGUUUCGACCAGCAAAUUCUUGAAGGGCUGCCCCGAAAGUAUCUUACCCUGGGGCAUAUGAUGAAAACUAUCAAACUUGACGGAGU